AUGUCGAUAACCAAUCGCGAGGCCUUCUAUACCUGGUACAAUCAACAGGCCGGGAAAGUGUUCGAUUUCCAGAAGGAAUUUCUAACUUACUGUAUCUCGGACGUGGAUAUUUUGCGCCGGUGUUGUGCGCAAUUUAAGUCUACCCUCUACGGACUCGUCCGCGUCGACCCAUUUCAGGAAUCGAUUACUUUUGCGAGCACGGCUAAUUUAGCCUAUCGACGAGGAUUCAUGGCACAGGACACCAUAGCCAUCAUCCCCAAUAUGGGAUAUCAACCGUCGCGCCGCUACUCGGUCAAGGGUUGCCGUUGGUUAGCCUGGUUAGAGAAUCAACACCAUUCCAUACGUCAUGCUAAGAACGGGGGUGAAAUUACCAUAGGCCCUUAUACGGUGGACGGCUACGAUGAGGAAUCGCGCAUCGUCUAUGAAUUCUACGGGUGUUACUGGCACGGGUGUCCUAUCUGUUAUCCGAAUCUGUUGACGGAAAUGCAUCCUCAUCGAGUCCAGCAGACGUAUCAAGAUCUACACGUGCAAACCUUGAAACGCGCCGCCGCCUUAGAGCAACAAGGAUAUACAGUCGUGAGCAUCUUGGAACACGAGUUUGAUCGACAAGUGAAAAACAAUCCAGAGUUACAAACAUUCCUACGAGACCUCGAUAUUCAGGACCCCUUAAAUCCCCGCGAUGCCUUAUACGGAGGUCGUACCAAUGCCACGCGUCUGUAUUGCGAGGAGGGAGACAUGCGAUACGUCGAUGUGUGUUCCUUGUAUCCUUACGUUUUGAAAUACAGAACGUUUCCCAUCGAUCAUCCUCAAGUCAUCACCAGCGAUUUCAAGAAUGUGAGAGAGUACUUUGGUCUCAUUCAUUGCCGCGUCCUCCCACCCCGAGGUCUGUAUCACCCCGUCUUACCCUAUAAGACGGGAGGAAAAUUACUUUUUCCCUUAUGUCGAACCUGCGCCGAACAUCGCAACUUAGGACCCGACGAUCGAUGCAGUCACAGCGAUUCAGAACGCAGUCUGACCGGCACCUGGGUGACCGUAGAAGUACACAAAGCUCUAGAUCUCGGCUAUCGGCUCGACCGCAUCUAUGAAGUGUGGCAUUUUGAAAAGACCAGUCAGGACUUGUUUCGAUCUUACAUCGAUACUUUUUUAAAAAUUAAACAAGAAGCUUCCGGAUUCCCCGAUGAAUGUCAAACGAGCGAACAAAAACAAGACUACAUCGAUGAGAUCCGGCGCCGGGAAGGCAUCUUCAUGAAUCUUUUAGAUAUCGAGAAAAAACCCGUCCGUAGAACCAUUGCCAAACUCUUUUUAAAUUGUCUCUGGGGAAAAUUUGCACAACGAUUACAACUACCACAAACCCAGUAUCUGACCGAAGAAGAAGAAUUACAGAAAAAAUUACAAGAUGCCACUCUAGAAAUCAAAGGAGUCGAGCUGUUGGAAAAUCGAGAUCAUCCGGAAACUGACAUGAUGCUAAUCAAUUAUCAAGAGAAAGAAGAAUUCCUAGAAGACUGUCCUUUUGGAAACGUAGUGCUGGCUUGUUUUACCACAGCGCAUGUUCGUUUACAUCUCUACGAGACGUUAGAACCUUUGGGGGAACGCGUCCUCUAUUUUGAUACGGAUAGUAUUAUCUAUCAACAUGACGAGACCCAAUUUAACCCUACCAUUGUCAACAGUUUAGGCGGCUGGACCGAUGAAUUGAGUGGCGAUCGUAUCAUCAAGUACAUGUCGGGAGGCCCUAAAAAUUAUGCAUACGAGACCCAGGGCGGAAAAUCAAUGUGUAAAGUCAAAGGACUGACGCUCAAUUAUCGCGCUUCUAGGAUCGUCUCACUCGCUACCUUAGAAAAAAUGUUAAAAGGAGAAGAAGAAGAAGUCAAUGUGCGUUAUCCUCACUACAUUCAGAGAACGCGCCAGCACGAUGUUCGCACCAUCCCCUUAGUGAAAAAAUACCGCGUAGUGUAUGAUAAACGCCAGCGGGUUCACCAUUACAACACGCUUCCUUAUGGGUAUUAG